AUGGCGGAGAACAACGCCGGCGCACCCACGACAGCGACAGGCGAGAAGGGGCCUCUUCCGCCAUUGUCGCAGAAGGAGUUUCGCAUAUAUAAUCGCAUGGCGGAACAGAUGGAUAUGUUUCACAACCACCACCGCGCCCUCUGGACCCAACUCCUAACCUCCUGCACUUCCACCUCCAAAUCUACCAAAUCCCUCUCCCCGCGCCAACUAAUCCUCACCGGCCUGCACUUCUGCUCCGGUCUCUCAAUGCACCACGCAAUAGAAGAACAACACAUCUUCCCCCUCUUAGCGAAGAAAAUGCCCGAAUUCCGCCGCGACCUCGUUGCGCAACACCGCGACAUUCAUGCCGGGUUGGAGAAGUUGGAGCGGUAUUUGGAGAAAUGUCGUUCUGGAGAGGAGGAUUUGGAUCGGGGCGAGGUGAGACGGAUCAUGGAGGGGUUUGGGACGGUGUUGUGGGAGCAUUUGGAUGAUGAGGUUAGGGCGUUGGGAGCGGAGAAUAUGAGGUUGUAUUGGAGUGAGAAGGAGAUGAGGGGGUUGCCUAUGUGA